UUCUGAAUGGACGGACUCAAGUGAUAGAUUAGCAGUGGAUCCUGCGUUUUCAAUUAUAUCAUAAUGUCUAAAUUACAUUUGCUGCAUGUGUUUCUUACUGAGCGAUUAACAGCUGCAGCUGUUGAAAUAUUUGGGGCAGUGGAAAAAACAGUAUCAGAGUACGAGGAAGAUAUCUACAGAUCAAAGAAGGAGAUCGAACGACUACAAAGGUUACUGACGUUAGAUGUCGUCCCUAAACCUGAGAUAAAGUUAAUUAGAUCAGAUGAUCCCCAGAAGCCUACACUCCUUGUUGAGGAGUUUCCUCCAGAGCACCAGCAUUGUGAGCAGGAGUGGAUCCCCAGUCUGGGACAGGAUUAUUCAGAUCCCACUCAAGUUAAAGUGGAACAGGAGCAGUUUGCAAUCAGUCAGGAGGAAGAGCAGCUUCAGGAGCUGGAGUCUGAUAUCAGAGAGUUCAUAUUUACUCCUCCCUUUGUGAAAAGUGACUGUGAUCAGGACCCACCUCAGUGUUUUCAUCAAUAUCAAAAUGGGGAGAACAGAAAGGGGAAUUCUCUAUAUACGAACACGACUGCGGAAGACAUCAAACUAGAAACAGAUGGAGAGGGUAACCGAGUAUCAGAACUAGACAGUACAUUACAGCCCUUCUAUUCAGUGAAGUCUGAUCGUUUGGCAGCUCUGAGUGAAAACUGUGAACGUUUUGAUAUUAGGAGAGCAACUCUGAGAAUACAAUCUCAGCGUUUAAAGCCUCCUAACCAAAUCCACACAGGGGAGAAGUCGUAUAGUUGCCAUAUGUGCAGAAAAUGUUUCCUUACAGAGGAGUACCUGAAAAGACAUAUGCAAAUUCACACAGGGGAGAAAUCAUGUCGCUGCCAUAUUUGUCGCAUGCUUUUUACCAGGAAGGGCCACUUGGCAGAACAUUUGAGAAAGUUACACCCAGAACAGAAGCUGAUCCACAUCCAGUCUUCAUCCAGUAAGAAAAGGACUGCACGACACAGGGCGCGGAUAAAUGCUGAUCCCCACGCGAGAGAGGAACAUCUUGCCAAGAGAAGAGCAUAUUAUCAAAGAAGGAGGGCUGAAGGGAAGAAGGAUUAUCCCCCAAUAGAAUCCAUGUCCGAAGCAGCCAAGCGGGAAAGAAGGGAGCAGUGGAGGGCUGCACAAAAAAAGUGCAGAGAGAAAAGGAAAGUUCUGAUGGACUUUGCAGCAGGGUCCUUGGGGGACACACUACGGGCAGAGAAAAGGCCUCUCAUAUCAAAUGAGCCUGCCGAAUCACCACAGCUAUCUUCAACACCAACAAGGGAAUGUUCAACUACGUCAGUCCUCAGUGUGACUCCCACAGAAUACUAAAUGACUGCCACAACAAUGCAGUCGAGUAACUAACUAGGCAACGGUAAAUAUGAAGUCCCCGGCAUAUGGUGCAGAUUUGUCCCAUGUUCUAAUUGAGAUUUUGCGUGUGACUGAUGCAUUUCAUUUGAUUUACUAUGGUGCCCGUCAGUGUUGUUUCAUAAAUAGUUCCUUGGCUGUGGGGCAUGACAAUUGGCCAAUAUUGCCCGGAGACCAAGGAGACUACGCUAGCAGGCGACUACUUCAUACGGCAAAAGCUAACUGAUGACGUCAGGUGAACGACCGUGCCCUCAGACACUCACAUGACAUCCUAGUUGGAAGAUCAGUGGAAGGGAAGAAAGCUGAAUUGUUUGGCAUGGAUGUCUAAGUAGAUGGCUUGCCGUAAUUGUCAACCAUCUCUUCUUUGUCUCUACUUCAUUGGUGGUAAGAUGAGUCCGAGCUGUAGAUGGAAACGAUUGGAUAUGAUGAAAUCGGGGAACUGAUGAAAAAGGGGCUGAAGUAAGUGAAUAAUAAUAAUAAUAAUAAGUGAUAUUCAGGACCUCUUUGUCAAGAUGUUUCAUUCACUGAGUUUCCAUCAAUGUCUUACCAGCUUGAGAUGAUGCAUGGUGUAUGACAAGCAUCUCUUUGAAAACAGACAAACUCUUGCUGAACAGAGAAGCACGUGGUCAUCACAAAUGCUUAGGUAUUAUGUGGCAUUCAAUUGAUGAUCAGCUGAUGUUAAAGGGCCUAAUGUGUGAAUAUAUUCCCCACACCAAAAAAUAUAGAUUUUCAUAGUAUUUCAGCUAUGAGACUGGACAUUUUCCUGUGACCUCUCUCAUUAACAAUGUGUUUGGUCCAUAGAACUGUUGUUCACUGGAUGUUUUUUAAACUUAUGGGACCAUUCUCUGUAAAAUCCAGAGACUGUGGUGGGUGAAAAUCCCUUGUCAGCUAUUCCUUCCAUGCCAGAACCACCACUUCUGGGACUAACAAUCAUACCAUGAUCAAAGUUCCUUACAGCACCAAUCUUCUCUAUUCUAAUGUUGGACCAUUCUGAUGUAAAACCAAUGUUACCUUACAAUAAUUGAUCUUAAGAGUCAGUGUUUAAAAAAUAUAAUAAUAUUCUAUGUACAAUUUGUAAUUCAGUCAAAUUGUAGAAUUGGUCAGGGGUCUGAAUACUUUUGCAUGGCACUCUAAGGGGAGGAAAUCUAGUAUAGGAUACGUGACUAAAUUUUUCAUUCAGAAGUUAAAAAAAACAAGGUCAAAGUUCAAUAUAUUAUUAUUCAUGGGAAUACAUCAGUUCAGCAGGCUAUUUCAAGUGGACAAUGUCAACAGUUAAAGGGAAAGCAUGUACAAGUAAAAGGGAUAUGGGGAUAGACAUUAUUUGGAAAAAUACAUGUAAAUGUUAAUCAAUUAGGGGAUUUUUACAUUCAAGAAUACCUGAUGAAUAUUCUGUAUCACUGAAAUCUCAAGAACACACCUUAUGGAAAUGUUGGUACUUUUGCCUCAGUAACUUUUUCUCUGUUAAAAGAGAAUUUAUUACUGAAGGUUGUAAUCUUUACUUUUCCCUUAGGUUACUGUGUUUUAGCAGUCAAGUUUUGAAUGCUUUAUGUAAAAAAAAUAGUACCUCCGUUCCAAAUAAAAAGGUACAUUCAUAAAAUGGACAAUAUGAACAACUUUGAUUCCCAAAUGAGGUACAAUAGUAUAAUAACGGCCAGCCUCAAGGGGACCCUCUUGAUAUACAUUUCCAAUAACACAAUACCAUAAGAGAACAGAUGAGGAUGAUGAACAGCAACAAAAUUCAAGCAGUGCUCAUUUUCCAUACAGCUGUGCAUCUGAAGUCUCAUCGCUAAAGACUAGCUGCGGUGUAUUUGAAAGGUGUGUGAGAAGUCUUUUGAAGUGUUCCAUUAAUGCUUGAAUGCAUUAGAAAUAUAAUGAACAUCUUGAGAUUCAGGUAAGCAAGUUUUGUUUUCACAGUUCCAUGGGAGAAUUGUGAAGACAAUGAAUUACUAGCCACACACCUAAUGAGGAGUAACUUCAUGUCCCCAGAUUUAGACACUUGACUAGAAUUUGCAUUGAAAUGUAGGCAUUAUCAACCCUGCAAGAGGACAUUUCUGCACUCAUCCCCUCAAACUACAUCUAGGGGCCAAGGGUGCAGACUUUGUUAAAUGGAAAAGCCUUAUACUUGUCAUAUUCCUGGGCAUAAGGGCUUCCAUGUCAAGAGAUCCGUGAUGACACAAAUGACGAGUCACAAAGGGCUGUGAAUAAUGUGGCAAGGUCUUCCCAUUGUGUAAAGCCAUGACAGUGCAUAGUAGGAACCCUCUUGAGAAGAAGCCCCUACAUGUGCCAUCAGUGCAUCAAACACUUCAAUUAUUUGGGAUCCCUGUAGAAGGCAUAUGUCCUUGAUUCAGAAACUGCUGGAAUCAUUAUGUCCUUAGUGUCAAUGAACUAGAUUCAAUGGUACUAAAUGAUAGCUAGAAUAGUAUUCUGUAUCUCAGAAGGCACUGCUUUAGGUUGAAAGAAGUAAAGAAUCAGGAAUGCAAGAACUUUGAUGACACUUGGGAGAGCCACCGAGUGGUUUGUCUAACACAUACUUGUUACGGCAUUGUUAAUGAGAAGCAAAUCCUAAUUAAAAUGGCAUGGUCUAAAAAUGAUAGUCACUGUUUGCACUGUGAUUGUCAUUUGGGAAUAAAGCGUCGUUAAAAUAAUUUAACAAUGUCAAAUACAUGGUUUGAUGAUUUAAUAAAACAAAUGUUUGAAAAACA